CUUUUUACCUAUCUAUUACAUGCUUUAGCCAAACACUGACCGAGUUUCAAGGUUUCAAAAUUUUUGUAUAAAAGUGCCGAGAAUUGGUUGGAAAGAAUCAUUCGAAUCUUCAUCUCCAUUCAACUCACUUGAAUAACUUUAUCAUUUUUGCUUUUGCAACUCAAACCCCAAACUCUCAACUCAAACUCAAAAUGAACACCUUCACCGUUGUCGCUCUUUUCGCCCUCAUCGCCGUCUCCCACGCUGGUUACUUAGCUGCCCCAGCUGCCAUUGCUGCUGCUCCAGCUUUCGCUUACCCAGCAGCCGCAUAUGCUGCUCCAGCAUACGCUGCACCUCUUGCUGCCACUUACAGUCACACCAUCCACGCUGCUCCAGCAUACGCUGCCCCAAUCGCCAGUUACGCCGCUCCUUAUGCUGCUGCUCCUUAUGCCGCUAAAGUUCUUGCCCCCGCAUACGCUCCAUACGCCGCAUACGCCGCACCAGCUUUCGCUCCAUACGCUAAGGUCUUAUCUGCUCCAGCUCUUGGUGCAAUCUACGGUGCCCCCGUCGCCACCAUCCUCAAGAAGUAAAUGCAUUGAUUCGAUCAAUUCAAACAAGUGUUAAUGGAUCUAGGAAUUUAUACAAAAUAUAAAUGCUAGAAGUGUCAACACAAACCAAAACUACUGUGAACCAAAUCAGCUUUACAUUUUCCCGAUAUUCAUUGAAUCGUUUGUGAUUCACCAUUAUGAACGAUCUCCUAGGAUAUCUUUUUUCAUGUACUGCCAUUCAAAUGCUUAGUUUACCUCUGGAUUCCUGAUUACUGCAAAUACACACUCAAACAGUUAGACAACACUUUUUGUAUUUAGACACUGUACCAAAAACGCCUCUGUAACAUACUGCCAAACGGUCUUUGUACCAUAAUAACAAUCAAUAUGUAGACAAAAA